AUGCUUCGCGGGAUUUGCAUCCUCCUCGCCCUCCGCGGCGGCGCGGCCGAACCCAACAGCGAUGCGGUGCCGACUUGCGCCAAGAAGGGCGUCACUUACGUGAGCGACGUCAAGAGCACCCCCAAUGCCGCCUGGCUCUACACCCCGAAGAUGUGCCAGAUGGCCUGCUACAUCAACCCAACCUGCAAGCAUUUCUCGUGGAAGGAGGACUCUUUCCCCGGCGGUGCCUGCAACCUUUUGGGAGAGGAUGUGCAGGAGAAGGUCGAUGAGAAGUCGUACAGCGGGCCAAAGGCCUGUGCGGGUGAGACCCCAGUGAACGCAGCGUCGAUAACCAAUGCUGCGAGCAAUGUCGGCAACACGCUGAACCAAUUUGGCAAGGAUCUUUUCCAGAAGGCAAACGAGGCUGGCAGCCAGUUGACCAGCCACAUCACCAACCAGCUGAACCAGGCCGGGCAGGACAUGGACAAGUUUGGAAAGGAUUUGACCCAGAAGAUGAAUCAAGCCAGCAGUGACCUGAACCAGAAGGCAAAUGAGUUCCAGAGUCAGGUUAACCAAGUCGGCCAGGAUCUCAGCCAGCAGGCAAAUCAGGCCGCCAACGAUCUGACCCAGAUGGCCAAUCAAGCCCACAGUGACCUGACCCAGAAGACACAGGAGUUGAACAGCGGCGCCACCGACUUGCAACAGAAGCUCGACCAGUUCGGAAAGGAUUUGACCCAGAAGGCCAAUCAAGCCAACGCUGGCCUGAGCAGUGAUCUGAGCCAGAAGGCCAAAGAGUUCCAGAGCCAGGUCAACCAGUUCCAGCAAGCAGUGGGCCAGCAGGUAAAUAAGAUUGCGGACGAUGUGGCCCAGCAAACCAAUCAGGUCAACAGUGACCUGAGCCAGAAGGCACAGGAGCUUAACAGCCAGGCCAACCAGCUUGGGCAGGAUUUAACCCAGCAGGUCAAUCAGGUUGGGGACUCUCUGACCCAAACGGCCAAUCAGGCCGGCAGCGACCUGAGCCAGAAGGCAGACGAGCUCAACGGCCACGUCAAUGUUGGCAGCUCGCUGAACCAGCUCGGGCAGGAUCUGACCAAUCAGGCCAAUCAAGUUGGAGACGCUCUGACCCAGAAGAUCAAUCAAGCCAGCAGUGACCUGAGCCAGAAGGCCAAUGAGAUCCAGGGCCAGGUGAACCAGGUUGGCCAGGAUCUCACCCAGCAGGCAAAUCAGGCCGCCAACGAUCUGACCCAGAAGGCCAAUCAGGUCACCAGUGACCUGACCCAGAAGGCCAAGGAGUUCAACAGCAACGGCGUCGAUUUGCAACAACAACUCAAUCAAGCAAGCGCUGGCCUGAGCAGCGAUCUGAGCCAGAAGGCAAAGGAGUUGCAGAGCCAGGUCAGCCAGUUGCAGCAGGAAGUGGGCCAGCAGGCAAACAAGAUUGUGGAUGAUGUGGCCCAGCAGACCAAUCAGGCCAGCAGUGCCUUGAGCCAGAAGGCAAAGGAGUUCAACAGCCAGGCCAACGAGCUCAAACAGGAUUUGACCCAGCAGGUGAAUCAGGCUGGGGACGCUCUGGCCCAGAAGGCUAAUCAGGUCAGCAGUGACCUGAGUCAGGAGGCAGACGACAUGCACAACCAGGUCAAUCAGCAGGCAAUGAAGGUCGGCAGCUCGCUGAACCAGCUUGGUCGAGACGCUUCCCAACAGGUCAAGACGGCAUCCGCCAACCUCGGGACUGUGCCGAUGGUGCGAGCGGCGACAGCGCCACUGGGCGCCUCACUUGGCGAGGUCGGCAGCGACAUGGCACAGACGGCCAACGACGCGAUGCAGUCUGCGGGAGUACAGGCCAAGGAGGCCGCCGACCAGAUCAACGAGGUCCUCGGCGCUGCUCCGAGCGGAGAUGCUGCCCAACCGGUCAAGACGGCGUCCGCCAACCUCGGGACCCCCCCGCCCAACCCUGUGCCGGUGGUGCGAGCGGCGACAGCGCCACUGGGCGCCGUGGGCGCCUCACUGGGCCAGGUCGGCGGCGACAUGACACAGACUGGAUUACAGGCCAAGAAGGCCACCGACGAGGUCCUCGGCGCCGCUCCGGGCAGCUCGGGCGGCAGCGACAACGCCACGACCUACGGCGCGAUCGCGGGCAUAGCUGGCGCCCUGGCUUUGGCAGGCCCCGCCUACUACCUCAUGACCCGAGAUGGGAAGAAGAAAAAGAAGUCUAAGCGCGCCGUCAGUGUGGAUGCAGCGCCCAUGAUCGAGGAGGCGCCGGCAGUCCCGCAGGUCACUUCACCACAGGCCUACCCGCAGCAGUUCCAGAACCAGAUCCAAAACAUGAUGGCCUACGCCGGCCAGCAGAUGCAGCAGAUGGUCCCUGUGCCACAAUACUAUCAGCAGGUGCCGCAGCAAACGCAAGCGGCUGCUGCCUACCAGCCUGCCGCAUACCAGGCCGCCACCUACCAGCCUGCCGCAUACCAGGCCGCGACCUACCAGCCCGCGACCUACCAGGCAGGUCUUGUAUCCCUCAAGCUUCUGUACUGCCUUCUUCGAGCCUUUGAAAUCAGGCGAUUCCGAAUCCAAGGCUGGCCCAUCGUCAGCCUUCCCGGCGCCACAGACGUGCUCAAAGGCGCCGUCGCGAUGAGUGACAUGAGCCAGGAGGAGGAUGGCAUGUGGGAGCUUCAAGAAAAGAACACUUUCGUGCACAUGAAGUUCAUGGCCGACAGGACUCCGAGCCUUGCUCGAAGUCAAAGUGCUCCCGCUGUGAGCACCCUGCCUCUGAGAGCUUCUGAGUCUCAGCGCUUGACGGUCUGCGAGGGUUACGUGGCCAAAGAAGCAGACGAGGAGACGCAAGAACUCAAGGGGAAGAUGUUGCGCUUGGAGGCCGAGAAGAGCAGAUUGCGGCAGAUGAACGCGACCUUGGGUGGCUUGCUGGAGCUGCUGCGGCAGGAGCUCAGGUUCCGCGAGUCGGAGUUGGCAGUGACGGAGAGGGAGUUCAAAAACCACAUCCAGAGUGUCGGCUCCAUGAGCACCGCCCUGCGACUGAAAGAGGAGGAGACGUACGAACUCAAGGGGAAGGUGUUGCGCUUGGAGGCCGAGAAGAGCUCGUGGCAGCAAGAGAACGCGACCUUGGGUGGCUUGCUGGAGCUGCUGCAGAGCGACGCUUCGCAGCCCAAGGAACCGCAAUAUGCAGAGUGCCCUGUUUGCCUCACGAACGAGGCCAAUUGCGCACUGGUCCCUUGCGGCCACUGCAUGUGUGAGAGCUGUUGCGAGAAGCUCAUUCGACAUGGGCACAUGUCUUGUCCGACCUGCCGACGGCAUUUUCGCUGCAACUUAAGAUUGUACAGGUGA